GAAAGUACUCGAACCUCGCCAACGGUAUUUACCACCGUUUUGUAAAACGCCCGACUUGAAUUUAUACUUGGGUCUGUGUGGUUGGUAUUUGGCAACCCAUUUCAUCAUCAAAUCAAAUUCAGAAAUCUUAUUCAACAAUCCGCCAUUGAAUACUCAUCAAGCUACCUUUUGAAUUCUUACAUUAUACAGCAAGGAACACACAGUAUCCAGACCUUAUGAGCGCCACUGACAUAAAUGUCCUGAUGUUUAGCCGAGAACUCCUUGUGGUUUCGUAACUGCUGGUGAUUCCAUAUUCUAAUUUCUACCGGUGUUUUGUGACAUUGACUAAAGGUGGUAUUGCUAUGAGGCAUUUCUGGAAUUAGUUUUGCAAAAUUGUAACUUAUGGUAGAGAACAACUCACGAUGAUGAUAGUAUGCUCUCCAAUUAAAACUUGCACCAAAAAUGUGCUUCCGAUAAGUGGGUAUUUUCAAAAGCAAAUGAGAGUCCAUGUAAAUAAUAUUGCUUCCCCUACCACAUCCAGGUCAUGUUGUCACAUUCCGAAACAAGGGAUCUCCAGGAUUAGAUAUCCUCGAAUUUCAGCCUCUAGCAGUUCUUCAUGGUUUUCCAAUUGUAGCAUCCGUGCAUUUCAAUGGGUUCAGUACAGAUCUGGUUUGUGCAGUAAGAAGAAACCAUGUCCUUUGUUAAUGGUCAAAAGUAGUUCUCACAAGACAUCGAUUGGUUUCUCAUCUUGGCCUCAAGAUGUAAGCAUUAAAAUUUUGGUGCCAAAACGAAGAAUGCUUUCUGAUUUCAAAUUUGAUGCUGGACUAUUCUCUUGGUUGAAAGGAUAUGGCGCUGCUGGUUUGAUUUCCGGAUUAUUAGUUUGUUAUUCGACUUCAAAUUCAGCACAUUCUGAAGCACUGGAGGAAAAAGGAGCCAAAAAGGAAUGCACUGAUUCUUCAGUCGACCAUUUUGCACAUGGAAAGAAAGUCUACACUGAUUAUUCUGUCAUAGGCAUACCUGGAGACGGAAGGUGUUUAUUUCGUUCUGUUGCUCAUGGGGCUUGUUUAAGGAAUGGCAAACCUGCUCCAAAUGAAAGCCUUCAGAAACAAUUAGCUGACGAGUUACGGGCUAUGGUUGCUGAAGAAUUCAUCAGAAGGCGGCAAGAAACUGAGUGGUUUAUUGAAGGCGACUUUGACACUUAUGUUUCACGGAUAAGGAAGCCUCAUGUUUGGGGAGGUGAACCCGAGUUACUGAUGCUUUCACAUGUUUUAAGGAUGCCAAUUACAGUUUACAUGCAUGAUAACAAAUAUGGUGGAUUAAUAUCCAUUGCCGAGUAUGGUCAAGAAUACGGAAAAGAUAAUCCAAUACAAGUUCUGUAUCAUGGUUAUGGUCAUUAUGAUGCAUUACAAAUUCCCGGAAAGAAAGGUAGCAAAUCAAGGUUGUAAUUUCUUUAUAUCGACCGUUUGUUCGAGUUCCAGUUGCAAGUCCACAAGCAACACGGGAUUACAUCUUAGCCAGCUCACUGCUCGUGGCUACGUAAAUUGUAAAACAACCCCAAAAAAACCCAUGUGUUAACUUGCUGGUGAUGCGUGAUUUAAUAUCGGCAUUGAUUCGUGAAUCGAUGUUGCGAUUCAUGAAUUGACAUAUUACUUCAUGAAUAGUUGUAUGCUUUUCUAUAAAUAUAGAAGGCAUGUGUAAGUUAUUUCUUACAUGAGAUGUACAUGGAAAAUACAUGUAAUUUUUGAUUUUUCUUUUCUUCUAGUACUUUACAUAGAGAACUUGUAAUCCUCGAUUGUAAAUUUUCGUUUCUUCUUCCACUUAAGUUUUCUCAUGUCGUUUUAA